AUGGCAGACGGUUGGCAUAUCAACGAAGCCGUCCUUGCCGAACUAUAUGGCUCCGAUCCGGUGCCCAAGGAAAAAAACCGGCUCCAACAGGACCUUUGUGAUAUGGAUAUUCGCCGUUUCGGGAUGCCGGUACUAACGGAUAGAAUCGACAAAGAAAAAGGAAUCAUCCGUGGCCCGAUCGUAUUGCAAAUUACGCGCGCAAAGAAUGUCUCCCAUCCCAAGAUCUCGGAGGUUUCACGCACGAGCGAUGGCAUUAUUCGACUGCAUCUGACUGAUGGACACGGAGCUGCUUCGGCAAUUAUCCUGCAAACCAUCAAAGGACUCGAUGGCUCGACACCGCCCGGUACGAAAGUUCUAAUCACCGGCGACGCGCCAGUUGAAGCUGGCUUCAUCUUUGUUACCUCCCAAAAUAUUCGUGUUCUCGGCGGGCACGUGGAUGCGCUGAUUCAAAAAUGGAAGCUGGAACAGGGAUCUCAAAUU